AUGGCAGAUUCAGCCCUCCAGAACACUGAAUCAUCAGAUUGCACAGUAGACAUAGAUUUUGGUCUCGAAGGAGAAGGUGGAAACCUGGUGCUCCAAAAGGUCCGCAGGGGCCUUGAUCAAUCCAUCCGAGACAACUCAAAGGCGGCAGCAAGCAAAACUCCUCCCCGAAUACUGUGCAUGGUAUACACGGUCCAUCUUGAAGCCAAUCCACAUGCAAGCCUUACAGCGAUUGCUCAGACCUGGGCCACAAAGUGCGACGGAUUCUUUGCCGCCAGCAAUCUUACAGACCCUACAAAUGGUGGAAUUGAUUUGCCACAUUUUGGGGAGGAGAGUUAUGGGAACAUGUGGCAAAAAGUUCGAACCAUGUGGUCCUAUGCAUAUGAACACUACGCAAAUGAGUAUGAUUACUUUUACAUUUGUGGUGACGAUGUAUAUGUCGUGGUAGACAACCUGCGAGCAUUUCUGAAUAGUCCUCGCAUUCAAGAAUUGGAAAAUGGAUUCCUCGAUUCGAUUGCAAACAACGAACGCUUCAAGGAACGGGUGUAUCCUUCCACCAUUCUGCGACCGCGGCCUUUGGUGUGGGGUGAUCCGAUCAUUCAUAAAAAGUUUCCAGUGGCGGCAGGGGGAGGGGGGUACAUUUUCAAUCGUGCUUCUCUGAUGCUAUGGGGAACGAAAGGGAUGGACACUUAUUAUUCCUUGAGCAUUGAUUCACGGGAAGAUAUUAUGAUGUUUUCAUUCAUUUCCGAUCAUCACGUCUUCUUGUCUGAGACUGUCGACUCGAAUGGCGGACACCGCUUUACGGAAUCGGCACAAUUUGUCCAUGACUUUGACGGGAAAACUGGGCCCACAUCUCCUCAAGUAUUGAAGCGGUUUCUGGACAUACCUAUGAACAAGAAUGCAGACUACGCUUCUGAAACACUCAUUUCGUUUCAUCUCAAGCUUGACAUGAAACGCUUGAAGAAAAUGAAUCGAUCCAUUGCGGAUCUGAUACGGAGAUAUCAUGCGGUCCUUUAUCGCACUGCAUGCGAUCAAAAGGGUUGA